UUACCGUCCGAGAGAGUUUCGAGUUCUUCGUAUCUCUUCGCCAAAUAUUUUACGACAAAUUGCGAAGUGAUGCGGGCGCAGUCGAAUGAUGUUAUUAAUGUAUUUUAGCUGUACACAAAACUUCUAAAGUCUGGGUUUUUUGUUGUUUUUUUGUAAUAGUGUAAAUAACAAAAUAUGUAUGAAUAUUGUAGUGCUGACAUUGGAAAUUUUGACGUUCUGCUUGUUGAAGAAAUUCUGAAGAUGAUUUUCUGAUAUCAUCUAUGGCUUCUGCCAAGCAACAUGUGUUGUCACUGUACCGACGUAUAUUUCGCUUAGCGAAAUCAUGGCAGGCCAUGUCUGGGGAUGUUGCAGAAACAAAUAUUGAGAGGAAGUACAUUAUAUCAGAAGCGAGAUCAUUAUUUAGGAAAAAUAAAGAGGUUACAAAUAAUGAUGAAAUCAAAGAAUUUAUUCGUGAAGCUGAAGCCAGAAUAGAAUUAGCACUGCAUUACAAAAAUCCAUUUCCAAGGCCUAUGAAUAUUCCUCAGAGUACUCUGCCAUUCACAGGUCAUGCAAUGACGAAAAGUCAGAAAACUGCCAUGAAGCGGGCGAAACCUAUUUACUUAAAAUCUUACAAUGACGCUGACAGAUGACGAAGGUUUUCUAAAAAUAAACAAUAUAUGUCACAUUUAAGACGAAGUUCCAGUUUUGUCAAUGGCUACAGAACAACUGUUAUAAAGGCAGAUGUUACAGUGGUGUUCAUAGAAACAGAAUGUGUCUGUUUUGGGGGUUUUCUUUUAUAUCACCAGGACUCUAGGACUAAUAUAUGUGUUUGUGUGUUCGUCCAUGGCCAGUUAUAAAACUGUGCACCUGUUGACAGUGAAGUCCACAUGAUAUGAGAAUAAACCAGUAUGCAUUGGUA